CUGUGCCAGGCUGGUCAUUAUUCUUUAAUCCCUAUUUGCUUUUCUGGAAAAAACUGAAUAGUGCCAGAACCACUGACUCAAUUUUUGGAUCUCAUUUUCAUGACAAAGCGUUUAUCCGACCACUCCCCUUUUCAUUUUGACAUUGGGGGCAAAAUAUUUAAACAGCACCAUAAACAUUCAGCCUGGAUGACAGACACUCUACCUAGGCAACCCUAAAUACAGCAUCCAAGAUGGGCAGGAUUGUGUUUUUUGAGGACAAGAAUUUUCAGGGUCGUCGCUAUGAGUGUGACAGCGACUGCUCAGACUUCCAUACCUAUCUGAGCCGCUGCAACUCUAUUCGCGUGGAGAAUGGCGCCUGGGUGGUUUAUGAGCGGCCCAACUACAUGGGUAACCAGUAUGUGUUGACCAGGGGGGAAUAUCCUGAAUUUCAGCGCUGGAUGGGACUCAAUGACCAUCUCAGUUCCUGCAAGAUCAUCCGCUCUACAAGUGGAAUGCAGUACAAAGUUCAAUUGUACGACAAGCCCGAUUUCACAGGCCAGGCCAUAGAGGCUGUGGAUGACUGUCCAUCUGUGCCGGAGAGAUAUCGCCUGAGAGAGGUCCAUUCCUGCAAAGUUCUGGAUGGCUACUGGAUUUUUUACGAACAUCCCAACUACCGCGGCCACCAGUACUUCCUGGAAAAGGGCAACUACCGCAAACCAGUGGAGUGGGGCGCAGUCUGUCCAACCGUGCAGUCCUUCAGACGCUUCACCGAGUGA